AUGACCACCAGAAACACGGAGCUACAGGACAAUCUCAGGAUGUCCCUUAAUCUGACCACGAAUGGAACACUCAACGAUACCCUUGAGUCCACACCAGAACAACACGACUUCUACACAUGUCAAAACAUCUGCCCAGUAAACGCUUGCUUCAGUCUCGACCUCACUUUGGAAUGUGUGGAAGCCUACAUCUUCCCCACUCCCAUGGAAUGGGUGUUCAUUUGUCUCCAUGUGGUGCUGUUCACUAUCGGAGUGGUGGGCAAUUUCCUGACGGUCACCAAUUUGUUCAUCAUGAACUUGGCUGUCGCUGAUGCCGUGGUUCUUGUGCUGUGCUCGCCUCCGACUGUUCUGCAAUCGGUCACCGAAACAUGGUUUAUGGGGGACGCUAUGUGUAAAGUUGUGAUCUUCUUUCAGAACACCGUUGUUGGAGUCUCGGUGCUAACUUUGAGUGCCAUCGCCGUGGAGAGAUACUUCGCCAUAUGUAGGCCGCUCAAGUCUCGCAUCACCAUGAGGAAGGUCAAGGUUACAGUGCUAAUUAUCUGGCUGAUCAGCGCCGCCUUGGGAUCGCCUAAUGUUACCAACACUGUCGUGGCUCAUUUCAAGCAACCAGAACUGAAUCUCUACCUACGAGUCUGUAACAGCGGCUUGGAAGGCAAGAUGGAGGAGAUCUACCUAAUGUUUAUUGUGAUAGUUUUCUACCUGGUACCAAUGGUCAUCAUUGCAAUAUUCUACCUGAUAAUUUCCCAUCACCUGUGGCAUGUCCGAGUACCUGGAACCAUGAUACGAGGUAAAUCGAUUGUGUUUUUCUGUGAGUAG